ACAUGCAGACGAAUUGCUGGUUGAGAAUUGCGAGGCACCCAACUUAAACUUGAUGCUAGUUUUGCACGUGAAUUUCCGUUCACGUUCGCAAGUCAUUUGAAGAAAAAGUAAAACUUCGCGAUGAUGAUUUCACAGACGACUCGACUCCUCCUCCUUCCUUUACGGAAACAGCUUACUUGCACGGUUCGUGCAUCAGUAGUAGUGAUCCCAGUAAAAUCGUAUCACACUCCAGCGUUUUCAUCUAUUUUCAUCAGCCAGAGCAGAGUAUCAAAGCUUAUCGUCAAAGAUUUCAAUGUGAAAUUUUGUAGUUCAAGGCAGCUGAGCCUUUCGUCUUAUUCAAGGAAUGGGGCACCACUGGGUGGAAUUUCAUCUGCAGCUGCAGUAACAACCACCAGCUCUUCAGAAUUCAUUGAUAUACCUGCUCCUCCAGUGCCAACAUCAACAACAUUAGAGACACUAUCAGGUGCAGUUUCCUCAAGUAGUUUAGCAGAGCCCGCUUUUACAGAAAUCAGGUUGGGAGGAAUGUCCCCAAGUGGUCUGAUGGUGACAAUUCGGCAACUUUGCCGAAACGGUUUUCGGCAAUUUGCCGAAAUGGUUUUUGCCGAAUCGUCCGACAUUCCCAUUUCCCCUUACACUAAAUUUUCAUAA